AUGUCUGGAUCAAGAUCGAAAACCGGCUGCUGGACGUGCCGUCUGCGCCGUAAGAAGUGCGACGAAAACAAACCGGCUUGUGUAAACUGCACCUCGCGAAAUCUAGAGUGCUAUGGCUAUGACCAGAAACCCGCGUGGAUGCUCGGCAAGGAGAGCUGGCAGCACGUUCUUAACUCCGACGAAGCGAGAGCUAUCAAGAACGCUGCAGAGAAAGCCUACAGCCGCCGUAGGCAGAAGAAUCUUCACACAGCUCCUUGGUCCGCUGGUGUUAUUGUCCAAGAUGUCAAGGAACUCGGCCACCCCGCGCAGUCGACCACCAUACUUGACCGCACAUGGUCUAACUGCACGCAAACCCUGCGAGAUUGCGAUUAUGCACCGAAUUACCAACACGUUCAAACCUUUCUUGAUGUCAUCUUUCCCCUUCAGUGGGGCUUUUUUGCUCUCUGCAAGCAGCCAGAUCGCAGAUGGCUCUUUGACAUCAUAAUCGCCUCAGAGCCUAUGUAUCAUGCAUCUUCGGGCUUAUGCAUAUCAUUCGAGACUGGCGUGAAAGCUGGCUUUACGAACGGCACAUGUCAUAUCACGCCCGAGGUUCGAAAAUCACGGCUACUUGCACUACAAGGACUUCAACCUUGCAUCGCCGAGUUGCAGGAACAAAAACCACAAAAUUCGUCUCUACUAAAGGCGGUUCACGCUGUUGCAAUUAUUCUGCUGCUUUCGAGUCUCGAGAUCUAUGGAGAAACCGAAGGCACAUGGGAAGUGCAUCUGAAUGCAGCUGGAACAGUCUUGGACUUGGUUGAGAGGCAGUUGGCCACUCCCGACAAUGCCAGUGCCAUAGGGGAGCUUCUCAGCAACUCCACACUAUCCUUUGAGACUCGAGCACUUGGACUUUUCGUCGCUACUUACGUCUGGACCGACAUUUUGGCAGAGGCAGUACAUGGAACCAGCUACAGUAAGCCGAGGGCGUUCGAAUACCUCACUCUACUCCAAAACGAUGCCAUCGACAUGCGAAGCAUAAUGGGUUGUCGAAACUCGGUCAUGAUCGCCAUAAAAAAAGUCAGCCUAUUUUCUAUCUCUAUGCAGAAAGACCAACAAUCCGGGGCAGCCGAAAGAGCAAAGGCUCUCGCCCUUGACAUUCGACAUUUGAUCCAAGAGGCAGCCUCUGCAUUUACGAACUCGGACUCAGGUCUCGAAGCAGAUAGCUGCUGGGUCACACUUCUCCAUGCGUAUGCCGCUUCAGUCUACCUGCAGACUGUGACCGCCCAUGAGGCUUUUGGAAGCGAUCUCAAUAUGCAAGAAACGCUCCGCGACGUUUCCAAUGCGCUAGAAACACAGCUCAGCAAGGCUGUGGGCCCUCUAUCCUCAGAUGACUCUCGACUUCGAGACUUGGCCGUCCAAUGCACAACCAUUGCCAAUGGUUUGCUGGACCAAAUCGCAUCCGUGUCAAAGUCAGCUGGGAAGAAAACCAUCGGAUCAAGCAUCCAACUUGCCAUCAAGAGCAUGUUGAAACAAAACGACCUCAAUCGUUGGGAGAAGGACCUUGCAAGGUCCCAAUCCGCCAUGGAAACUCAGUUGCUUGUCGGCUUGCGCCAGCGUCUGGACGCCAACAUCUUGCAUAGCGAUGAAAUGGGUCGCGACCUCAAGCACUUCGUCCGCCAGCUGUCAAACGGCCAAACAAGUCUUUCGAACUUGGUUCUCCGACAGACACGCGAGAUAAAAGAGGAGAUGUCCAAGUCAUUCACAGAGGCUGAGGCCUCGACAAAGACACACAUCACUAUCGAAUUGCUCCGCAACGAUAACCGCAUGCAGAGCCACAUAUCCAAGGCCUUCGAUAAUGUUCAAAUUGUUGCAGAGAGGCAUGCUCAAGGGGAGAGCGCUUCUCGCGCGCUGGAGGAGUCCUAUCGGCGUCUUCUCACCAGCCUCAAAUUCCCAGAAAUGGAGGCCCGGCGCAACCAUGUCUCUCAUGCUUGUCCAGAGACGUUUCACUGGAUUCUUAAUUCUCAAGACCCCAAGUGUGACAACAAUGCUGGAAACCAUUCUGAAGCCCGGACUUGGGACAGUUUGGUUGAGUGGCUCCAAUCAUCUAAACCAGUGUACUGGGUCAGUGGAAAGCCAGCAUCAGGAAAAAGCACACUUAUGAAGUUUAUCUUGUCCCAUGACCAAACGAAGCCGCUCUUACAAAAAUGGCAAGACAAUGUCCGGAUACUUUCCCAUUUCUUCUGGAGGCCGGGUACAGAGCUCCAGCAGAGUAUUAAAGGCCUCCUCUGUUCACUCUUGCAUCAAAUAUUUGUUCAAGACAAGGGCCAAGUAUUAUCAUACCUCAAGAUACGGCGAGAGCUAUGCUGGAAAGAUUCACCGUCAGACUGGGAUCCAAAGGAGCUGCAGGCCUUGCUGGUCGACUGCUUGCAGUGUCCCUCGGCGGCAUUUUGCCUAUUCAUCGAUGGCCUUGACGAGGUCUGGCCCAAAGACGGCGUCCAUAACCUCGUUUCGUUGCUCAAAACACUCCUUCAAAACAGUAAUCAUCUCAAACUUUGUGUCUCGAGUAGACGCGAGCACCUGUUGGAAAAUCGUCUGCGCGAUUACCCCCAGUUAAAAAUGCACGAAUUGAUUCAGAACGACCUCGAGAAAUAUGCCACUCAGGCCUUGAGCGAGGCAUCAGCCCACGCAAACCUUGACAGCGGGGAUAUCAGAACUAUUAUCAACCAAAUUGUCUGGGCAUCCGAUGGUGUUUUUCUCUGGACUGUCCUUGUGAGCAACUCGUUAUCCAGAGGACUCCGAAAUGGUGACUCUCGUAACGAGCUAUUUCAGCGCCUCGACUCUCUCCCACGCGACCUUGAGGGCUUGUACCUGGACAUGUGGCUCAGGCAGAACGGAGAUGAUGAAAUCUAUCGAGAGUCAUCUGCGAAGUUGCUUUAUCUCUGUCUAGUCGGGUUGGGCUGGAAAGAGAAGCCUGGAUUUGGGUUAACGCCAACCGUUCUCCAACUGAUGGCCGCAAUGGAUGAUGAAGGCCCAGAGGAUCAUCUGAUACAUCGUCGUUACCCAGUUGAAGAACUCAGAAUAAGAUGCCAAACGACUGUCAAGAUGAUUCAGGUCAGGAGUGCUGGUCUUUUAGAGGUAUACGACGUAUACGGCAUGUCUCAACUUGACCCGGAUUACGAAGCCAUUUUUGAUGACCGUAUUCGGUUCAUUCAUCGAUCCGCCCAGGACUUUCUCACUGAUACCCAACAGGGGCGAACUUUUUGGGCAAACCAUGGGAUGACUUAUGAUUCAGCUUGCACCAAGCUUUAUCUAGCACUAACUCUAACUUAUCUAAUUGGCGAGCGAUUCAAAGAACGCUUUUGGGAACCCUCUUCCCCGCUCGAUACACUUGCAGAACAUUGUGACUUCCUCGAGCCCAGUACGAUACGUCACUGCCUUCAGGAGACAGCCAAACAUUGGCACACUCUUCGCGGUCGUCAUCACAUGUUGGUGGAGGCGAGCUGUUACGGGUUUUUUGAAUACGCUUCCGAGCAGCUAUCUGCAGAGCAAAACGAAUCGUCAGCCGUUCCGCGACUUUUUUUGCAUAUGACUUGCACCGAUGGCUGGAUGAGAUUCCCAAAUGGGAUCCGGAGCGAAGCGGGACAACGUCAUGUCGUAGAGGGUCAAUGUCGCCUUCUGCGUCUCUUCCUCGACAAGGUGGCGUUCCGGGACCCCAAGUCAUUCAUCUUGCCGCCGGUCGGAGAUGGUGGCCCAUGCUACAGCAUUUCCCAGACUCUGGGAGGUUUUCUCCUAUUGUUCCAAGAUUCUGUCGACAGCUCAGCGUCUGCCCAAACUCUCAUAGACACAUUGGGGGCAUUUGAAGGAACACCUGUUGAUCCAACUGAUAAGCUGCUCUUGAAUCUGGAUUGGGUCAUUACACGGAACAGGGAGCCAUACCUCAAGGUGUCGCUCUUCGAGCCCGGAGCUACCAUCAGCCCGGGAACUGAGCGUGUCCAAGUCGAAAUCUCCCUAUGUGACUGGGUGGAUGCGACUCUAAACAACCUUCAUGUGCUGAUCACUGGCCACCGCCCUAUCACCGGGAAUACGUCAUGCGCCCCACACGUGCGAUUCGUGAGCUUGAUCGCCAGAAAUACGGCCAAAGAGCUUUGCAGAUACACCCCCAACGAAAGCCAUGUAAACCAUCUUUCACACAUGGCCCAAGAGCUGCUCUACGCUCCAUUUACACUUCCGGGUUAUUCCGACGGAUAUGCCAAUUCAUCGGGAAAAGCCUUCAUCGGCGAGGUGACAUCCUUAAGGGAAGGCUGGGCCGAGUCCGUUUUGGACCCGUGGAUAUAG